ACUGCUGCCGGCGUCUAACGUUGCGGCGUCCAGAUCGCAUAUAUAGACGUGGAGCGUACCGUUGCCACCGGACCAGUCGAGAGAACGUGCUCGGAGAGUAACGAACAAGUGUGGUGUAUUGUGCGACCCUUACAGAAACGCAACCUACGAGCCAAACAGAGAGAUAGAGAGUGUGUGUGUACGGUGCAGUUUUGUGCAGUGAGAGGUAACAAACGUCGGUAAAUACGCAAUCCUCGUGAAGGUUUCCUGGUGGAAAGUUCUGGAAAAUUCGUCGUCUUCACCCCUCAACAAUCGCCGUGCGACAGAAAUGCGUCGAUUCGCGACCAGCCUGCUGCUGGUGGUUGCCUUGACCGUGACCGCCACCGUCGCCUAUCCAGCGAGCUACGAGAAGGAGUCAAACUCGGAUGCCUCGGAUGAUGCAGAGUAUAUUGUGGUGCCGCUGUCACACCAUCGCCCCACGUACUACAACCGUUAUCCGUCGUCGUUCGAAGGCUUUGAUGGUGUGGUAGAUACCGGUGACUUUGCACCAGUGCCGGCCAGACCUGUGUACUUCCCAUCGUACAAUCCGUUCUCGUGGCAUCUAUCCGGAUAUCUGGAUGAUCUUCUAAAGCGUGUCCGCGAUCGUUUCUCUGGUUCGUGGAAUCCAUUCUACGGUGGUGACUACCUGCCAUCCGGACCAGGCUUCUUCCCAGUGGAAAUUCCGGAUGACUCGUCGGAAGAUGGGGUCACUAACACUACCUCCACUGUGAAGGUCAUCGAUGGGCACAAGGUCGUCAUUAAUGAUACGUACUACACGAAGAAGACGGAGUUCGGUACCUCAAUCUUUAAGGUGCGUGUCAUCGACGUGAAGCCAACGGACGAUGGUAGCGCCGAGGCUACGACCCCCAAAGCACCGACCGAUGUUGAGGUGGGCAAUCGUAACGGUGACGAUGGUGCGGAGUCGGACAAGGAACCGGCUGCACCUGCGACCGAUGCGCCCAAGCGCGAUACCGAGCUGGAAUCGAGCGAUGAAGACAAGACGACGGUGGACGAUGACAAUCUGAACACGAUCGAUACGUCCAACGUGGACAUUGACGAGGCGAAGGAAAGGUUGGCACCGGAGGAGGCGGAGGAGUCCUCAGAAAAGUGGUCAGGACUGGAAUCGUUCGAGGCAGCAUCCGGACCGAUGGGCGCGCAGCUAGUGGACGGUUCACCCGAGACGACCGUUCAGCGCAACCGUGAGAAUAGUGAACUGCUGGAAUCAAGCUCGGAAGAGGACUUUGUCGAACCGAACGUCAAUGUACCCGCCCAAUCCGUGUCCAACGAAUGGCCCAAACAGGACGAUCGUCAACGCAUCAUCGUAUCAUUGAACCGGUACAACGAUCCCAAGUUCAACGCCAACCAGGAACGACCCGUCGGUGAUGCUCCACCAGGAUCACCGCCAGCCAGCGGGCACGAUCUUUCCAACGACAUUGCUAUCAACUUCCGACUGGCGGCGGAUAAAACGGUCACCACCAACCCCAACGCAAUUACGUUCGACCCGAUGCGUCCACCGACAGUAGUCGUCCAGCGCGAUCCUUUCCCCGUCAUUCCGGGCAGAUUCCCUGGCGCUGUUCCUGGCGGACGGCCGGCGAUGGGAUUCCCUCCACAGCAACCGGUCGGUGGUGGAGUGGGCUUUCCCUCUAAUGUACCGUUUCCCGGCUUUCCCGGCGGUCAGUUUCCGGUGCAACCGUUCCCGAUGUUUGGUGCACCGGUACCGGGUACAAACUUCGGACUGGCAGCAGUACCGCAGAACCCGCAAAUACCGCCGUACUUCUUCGGUAAUGGACAGUUCCGACGUCCUUAAACGUGGUCAAAAGUUUGUGGGGAACUGGGUGGGAACGAAACUUGUAGCACGUAAGAGAAAUGCUCAUUUAUUUAUUGAUCUAAAUUAUUGUAACUCAAGCGAGAAAGGUUGCGUAAGUGGCCGUUUCUUGGCAGACGCGUGGUUAUUGUGUAAGGAUAGUGGACUGAGGGGAUUGACGGCACCGUGCAGGGCUGGGUCGACGCGGUCGGGUUUUCAACCAAUACCAAAGAAGUUCCCCCAAUCAGCGUCGUACCUAGCGGCGUGAAAUGCCGGGCAGCGUGAAAAACUUUGGAAAGAACUCAGACGAGGACUGCGGCAGCCACGGAGCAAAACAAGCCACACCAAUACACGACCGGAUGGUUUGGAAAAUCAGGCGAAGAAUGGGUGAUUUUAUUCUUCAUUGGAAAAUAAUUUAUUUACAACAGUUUUCGGACAUUCUUUCGUGCUUCCGUGUGGCUUAAAACUUUUCCAUCAACGGAAAUCUUCCUCUCUUUCCCCUCCUUUGAUUGGUUCAAAAUCAUUGGAGAUGCAUGUGUGUAGUGAGCAAAAACUUCGUUUGCAGGGAACCUGGCCCCUGGGAACUUUCGCCCCGAUCGGCCAAAGUAACUUUGCUACAAAUCCUUUUCCCUUUUUUUCGUAAAGUAUCGAAGUUCGGUUGGGAUAGUUUGUGUGUUUGGGUACGACUCUUCCGUUUGCCUGUUUCCGCAUUAUUGGAAAGAUUAGUGAAGGCUAGAGAGCGCAAAGUUGGAGGAUGUGCGGGAAAAGUGAAUAAAGCGAAAACGGGAUGGUCUAUUAGUGGAAGUGGGUAGUGCAAGUUUGCGCCUUGCAGAAACUCUCACUCGCAUGAAACUGAGCUGUGGAUGGGGGAGGAAGGAAAUUUUAAACAUAAUAUUUUAAGAAGUGGCUUGAAGUUGUCUUCUUGUAAGGUAAAGCAAGGCUGAGAAGCUGAAGCUGUAUAUUAAUUUUGUAAAUUGCAAGAAGGCAAAUGUUUUUCGAGCAAUAAACAAACACGGAACUCAUGGAUGCGCCUGGUGAUAGGAAUGGGAAGCCGAAACCCCCAAUGAAAGGUGUGCUUUUGUGCAGCCCAAGGUAGACUAAUUAAUUUGUGCAUUGUGUCUGACAAAUGGUGCUAAAUUUGGGAAUGGAAGUACGGUACUGCGCUGCUGCACCUUGCCAGAAAAAACGGAACAAAGGUGCGAACUGGUGAGAGGUUUUCGCGUUCGACUGCUGCAGCAAAUAGAAGCAUUUAGCAAAUGGAUGUAAAGGCAAAGGCAAACAAUUCAAUAAAUCUAGUCUUCCCUGACAGA